UGAGCAGCAAUCGGCGUCCCUGGUGUGCGUGUUUUUGUUUAGUUUGUGUUGCGCAAAUCGGCAAUUUAUUUGUUUUUGUUUAAUAUUCGUGCAUAAUAAGUGUGUAGAGUGUGCAAUGGAGCCGCCGAAGGAAUUAUCCGUCGCGGAAAUAAGAAAUUACAUGCUGCAAAAUGCAGAUUGCAAAGUCACCAACCACGCACUUGUAAAACAUUUCAGGCCAUUCCUCACAGAUCCGCAAACACAAAAUGAGGCUCGCAAACUGUUUAAGACCUACGUGACGUUGCUGGCGUCGAUUAGGAACGAGAACAAUCAGAAGUUUCUUAUCUUGCGCAAAAAGUAUAUUAACGAAUGCCCCGAGGACGAGGCCGUGGAGCGUGCUGUGGCAGCUGCAGCCAAUGCCGCCGGGCCUUCCAGCCCGGGCGGUGGCUCCAUCAUUUCGGAAGGUGGCGUUGGCUCGCCUUUUCGUCAGCCACCUCCAUACAAGCCACCACCUGUGGUGCAAUCACCAACGGUCAGCACCGGGAUUGCAGUGCAGCCAGAACACAAGGAUAACUAUCGCGAUUGUGUAAAUGAAUUCGCAGCAGCCAUGCAACGUAUUGAUCCAGCGCGUCUUGAGCGCCAAGUGCCUACUGAAACCGCUGUUGAAACCAUCACUGGUGGGGAAACGCGUCCACAGAGUGUGUCGCGCGCCAACUCUGUAGAUGACAGUAAGGAAAACCAUAAUAAGGAAAACAUACCGCGAUUUUCCUUCUCGUCCGGCGCAUCUGCUACUUCGACUGACAGCUCAGCCACCGAUAAAGUAAGCGACACAGUUGACAAUCCCGUGAUCAGCGUAAAGGAGGCCACUCGCAAGUUCAAUCGCAUGGCAUCUGAAGAAGAAGCCAAGAUUAUUUCGCCACCAGCCAAGAAAAAGCCAGAGAAGCAAUUAAUUGAGGAAAAGGAUCUACCCGAUGUGACGCUCGCGCAUCCCAAAGCGAAGGAAUGGAUUGUCUCAAUGGCAAAAGCUAAUUACCAAGAGUUGGCCAAGUUGGCUAAGGACCAUCCAGAACUGGUUAAACUACAGGAUCCAGCAACGGUAAGAUAAUCUUUUUAUACAACCAAGAACUUAUUUGAUUUCGAUGCUAAAUUGCAAUUGCAAAUAAAAAGCAAUUUACUUGUAGUUCUUAAGAAACA